AUGGAUAGAUUAGCUGCUUGUCAUGCACUUUAUGGCUUUAUGCAAUUACCCGGCUCUAAACGGGGCCGCCAUUCAAGCGCCCCGAAUUGCCAAAACGUUAAACGUUCACUUUCUUUGGCUGACCGUAGAGGAAUUAUUUCACCUGGAAGAGGAAAUGGAAGGGGAUUUAUUUCGCCAUUGCCAAUAACACGUAGAAGAGCAAGCACAAAAGGAAGUGAUGAAUGGGAUGAUAUUACAAAAUUACAUGGCAAGUUUUUUGAAUCAAAAAUAAUUAAAAUUAAUUUUUUAGGCCCACACUCAUUCUCCCGAUUACGUGGUAUUGGACUUUUAAUGCAUGCACUUGGUGGACCUGGACAAGUAUUUAUUUCGGCAGCAGCUAUGGAUUUGGGUAGAGGAGGUGCAAAAGUUCCACCCACAAAUCUCUCAUACGGAAGAAAAAGCGCAGAAUUAAAUCUUUGGCGAGGAGAACAACUCGGACAACUUCUCAUAUCAUUAAGAUAUUCACCAGCAGACGGACAGCUAAAUAUUGGUGUUAUUCGUGCAAGCGGAGUAAAAGUGCCAGGCAUUCGAUAA